CGCAGGAGGCGGAAGUAACGCCUCGCAGGCCUCCCAGGAGUCCUUUCGAAGCGCGACGUAGCCGGAAGCUGCUGGCGGCUGGUGAGGGGGACUCGGGACACCCAGUCCAGCUUGGCAACUCUGGCCGACCGGACCCCAGGAGGGCAGCAGGAUCCCAGUGUGCGGCUGCCCUUCUCGGUCCCCAGCGGCGGCCCCAUCGCGAGCGGACCUCCUCCUCGCCGCCGCCGCCGCCGCCGCCGCCGUCCAGACCCCUCGGCCCCUGAGCCUGCUGCUCUUCACGGUUUCGCGGAGCUACGUGGCCUCUCUGCACAGCCCAGUUGGCCGGGAAAAGGGCUCAUCACUUCAAAAGAAGAUUCUGCCCAGAGGUGCCGGGAAGCCAGACUCCCUAGCCUCAGCUGGUUGAGAUAGCACCUUCUUGGCCUUUGAAAGCCAUGGCCAGUCCAAGAACCAGAAAAGUGCUUAAAGAAGUCAGGGCACAGGAUGAGAACAAUGUUUGCUUUGAGUGUGGUGCAUUCAAUCCUCAGUGGGUCAGCGUGACUUACGGCAUCUGGAUCUGCCUGGAAUGCUCUGGGAGACACCGUGGGCUUGGGGUGCACCUCAGCUUUGUGCGCUCAGUGACAAUGGACAAAUGGAAGGACAUCGAGCUUGAGAAGAUGAAGGUUGGUGGGAAUGCUAAGUUCCGAGAGUUCCUGGAGGCCCAGGAGGACUUUGAGCCUAACUGGUCCUUGCAGGACAAGUACAGCAGCAGAGCCGCAGCACUCUUUAGGGAUAAGGUGGCUACUUUGGCAGAAGGUAGAGAGUGGUCUCUGGAGUCAUCGCCUGCCCAGAACUGGACCCCACCUCAGCCCAAGAUGCUGCAACCCACUGCCCACCGACCCUCUGGUCAGCCACAGAAUGUGACUGCCUCUGGCGACAAGGCUUUUGAAGACUGGCUGAAUGAUGACCUGGGCUCCUAUCAGGGAGCUCAGGAGAAUCGAUACGUGGGGUUUGGAAACACAGUGCCACCUCAGAAGAGAGAAGACGACUUCCUCAACAAUGCCAUGUCGUCCCUGUACUCGGGCUGGAGCAGUUUUACCACUGGGGCGAGCAAGUUUGCUUCUGCGGCGAAGGAGGGUGCUACAAAAUUUGGAUCCCAAGCAAGUCAGAAGUUUUGGGGUUACAAGCAGCAUUCAGAGCCGGCUUCGGAGUUGGGCCACAGCCUGAAUGAGAAUGUUCUCAAACCUGCACAGGAGAAGGUGAAGGAGGGAAGGAUUUUUGAUGAUGUGUCCAGUGGGGUCUCUCAGUUGGCAUCCAAGGUCCAGGGAGUUGGCAGCAAGGGAUGGCGUGAUGUCACUACUUUCUUUUCGGGGAAAGCAGAGGACACUUCAGACAGACCCUUAGAGGGCCACAGCUACCAAAACAGCAGUGGAGACAACUCCCAGAACAACACCAUAGACCAGAGCUUCUGGGAGUCCUUCGGGAGUUCUGAGCCCCCCAAGGCCAAGUCUCCAAGCAGUGACAGCUGGACCUACGCAGAUGCCUCAACAGGGAGGAGGAGCUCGGACAGCUGGGAUGUUUGGGGCUCAGGUUCUGCAUCCAACAACAAGAACAGCAAUAGUGAUGGCUGGGAGAGCUGGGAGGGAGCCAGUGGGGAGGGAAGGUCAAAGGCCACCAAGAAGGCUGCCCCAUCUACGGCCACUGAUGAGGGCUGGGACAACCAGAACUGGUAGGAGCCUUGCUGCACCUUGGCCCCAGCUCUGCUGGGAGACGGCUGUGUUUGCACUUUACCCUUCUUGUUCCUCCUUCAUUUGACCUCAGUGUGAAGACAGUGGCUCAGGCAGGACUUGAGUCGGUGCUGCCUGCCUGGUGUGGGGUGGCUUUCUCUUAGGCCUCAGGGGACGUGUCAUCCAUCUGCCUCUUGGGUCCUCUGAGCAGCCUUUCUAGACUCUGGGUUCUUGAGGCCCAGGCACUAUCUCUGCAGCCCUGACACAGCCUGGAACUGCAGUCCUGUGCAGUGUCAGCCAAGCCAGACGUCUGCUUUUGUUGAAGUGUCUUUUAAAACUUGAAAGGUUUGCUCUAGUUCUUUUUUUUUUUUUCCUUGAAGAAAAUGCCUGGAAUCUUAAGGCUGGAAAUGAAAUGACAAAAGCAAUACUGGAGCUCGCACUGCCACCGACGUCCUCACCCAAGUCCACGUCCUGUGGCCUGUGCUGUGAAACUCACUUUGUGACCCUCUGCCUUUCCUGCAUCAGCCUGUCCAGCCCUCAGUUUCAUGGGACAAACUCCACAGAUGGCCACACACGGCAGCUUGGGCUCCGGCCCCUCUCUGGACACCUGACUUGAACUUGGCCAGCCCUGGACGGCUCAGAAAUGAGGAAAGGGGAGCCAAGAGGCUGCGAGUGUUUUCAGCAUAUCUGUCGCUCCCACCCAGUACAGAGGAGCCUGAACAUGGCGGGUGGGCUAUGGGGCCAACUGCCACUGUCAGGGUUGGGGCCUCUUGACGGGGAGCCCCCCUCUAGGCAGAGCAUCUGUUAGUAUUUUGCCAUGUAUUGUGUCUACGAGUAUGACAGCCCAGGCCUUCUCCCUGCCUGUUGAGGGUGCUCAGGGUCAGAGCACACUUGGUCGUGUCUCCUCGGCAUGCAGCUGUCCCUCCAGACUGCCCCUCCUCCCACCCUGUGGACCUUGUAGAACACUGCAGUUGAGACCCAUGUGCUAUCAGUGGUUGUUGUGACAGCCUUUCUCUCCCGGGAUUCCAUGACUGCUGUGUGCUGUGGCCGGAGAGCCCAGCUGGGUCUCUGUCUCCUUAAACCCACUCCUGUCUUGACCCUCAGUUUGACCAGCAGUGCAUGACCUGAA